AUGCGUCAUCACCGUCUGGUCGACGUGGCGCGUCUGUUGAGGCGCCAGGUCGUUGUUGUUGUCGUUGGACGUUACUGGGAUUGGGGUUCGUUGUACACUCCCCGCGUCGCCCAUCCGCCCUUGCCCAACGGGUGGCGUGUCCAGUCAUACACUCUCGCCAUGUUCUUUGUUGCCGGACUAGUUCAGCGCUUUCGCGGACAGCUCAGCUAUUUCCAUGAAAUCGCAGCUGUUCAUUUGGCUCUUCUGGGUUAUACUAGUGUCUGGUUCGCCCGGACGUUGCAACGUAACAAGUUUACGUGGGCCCACAUCCAGACUAUCUUCAGGAAUAUCAAAUUCCUCAGAUUGCCCUCCAACUUUGGGUCACUUUUCAUUCAAGGACGCCUCACUGCCCAAACGGCGGUUUUUUUCAUCGCCUUGAUAUUUUUGUCGCUCGAUUCUGCAUGCCUGCCAUCCCCCAAUGAUACAAGCUCCUCAAGUACUCAAGUGAUUUGGGUGACGCUCUUUGGGUUUCGCGUGCGGGCAGCUAUCGGUCUUAUACUACCCUCCUUAUCCUCUUGGACGAUCUUGGUUGCAUUUUAUAUCCAAUACCGCCGUUCCAGCGAUCCGGAUCGCAUGUUAGGAAUGGCCCGAAACGUCCUUUUCGUGGUGUUUUCGUGGUAUUGGGUAGAAGAAGUGGUCUCAAUCGAACGAUCAAUGCAGGAGAAUGUUGGACUCGACCGUUUCGCGACUGAAGUCGACCCCUCACUCAUGGAGUUCCAUUUCCUCAGCCCAAACACCACUUGGCCAGAGGCCAAUGUCACGUACAAGCCUUUCUUCGACUAUGCUUAA